AUGAAUUCAGAUACGGAGCUUUUGAAUGAUGAUAAUACCUUAUUAUCAAAUGUAGCCACACGGAAUCAUCAAGCAGGCCACGACACCACUACUCUUUCUACCUUUUCCAUCACUCCAUCGUCACCUCAAUCGCCACUAGACCCUAUGCGUGAAGAUACAAUUGAUAUCGCUUUAAUAGCGUCAAAAUCGCCCUUAAAAUCGGCUCUUCGAAAGCCCAAUAGUCCACAGAACCCUUUGAAACUCACUCGACGAGUCUCAAUUGAACAGAGUGAGACAAGACCACAGCAAGAUCAUGUACAUGCGUCACCACAACAUUCAAUUGAGUCACCACGUUUGGUACUACACGAUUCGACAAAGAAUCUACGGUUUCAACGCACACGAAACGAUCAUAGCAAGACAUCAACACAAAGUUCCUUUGCUAUGCGGGACACGAUCCUUUCUCGUAUGUCGUCAAAUGUGAAUGGUUUGAGAGAGAGUUUCUUUGGAGCAAUUGUUGGACGAGGUCCACCAGUAAAUGAUCCUUUAGAGCUUUCAUCGAAUCAAGAGUUUGAUCUUGAUAUUAUUGAUGAAAGUGGUGGCAUGAAUGAGAAUAUUGGUCAAAUCUUGAAACCCCAAGUCGACUUUACGAAUUGGUCAAAUGAAGGUUACAUGGUACUUGGUUUUGGUCUCGUGCUAUUACUGCUCAUGUUUGUAUUGGCACAAACAACCGACUCUCUCAACGGCUACGUUAUCGAUCCAGGUCUUGUAUUCGGAUCGCUCGUCACUCUAAUUCUUUGUGUCUGUGUUUUUGUAACGUACCAUGGCGUCCAGAGCUUCCAAAAGCAUCCAAACCCGCUUAUUUACUACAAAUGCGUCAUUGAUAUCCUACUAGCACUUCGGUUUCUACUGGAUCCGUUGCUACUGAAAAUGAAAGUGUACCGAGUAAACGACGAGACCUCAUGUGUCUACCUCUCAGGCAUCACGCAAUUUUUGUAUCUGUCUAGUGAUAGCUGGUUCUUUGCUCUAAUUGUAGACUUGUACUGGUCACUUACAAACCCAUUCAUGAGCGUCAAGGCCAAUCGCAGAAGGUUCAAGAUCUUUGUGUACACGGCUGGAGCAUUUACAGGCAUUUUUGCGGCCUUUGUGCCGGGUAUUCGAGGCUUUGCGGACGGGAAAUAUUGCUGGACAAAACGGAAAACUACCGAUGACUCAGUGGAACGAAACUUUUUCAACCUGAAUAGGGGCAGUUGGAUGCUCUUUUACACGUGGAUGAUGUUGUUCUACAUUUCGGGCAUCGCGGUGCUGACUUUCGGAAUCAAGCGACUCCGUUCCGGGCUGCGGGAUACACUGCAAAGUCGGCGCGAGAUGCUACGAAACGGCGCGCUGUCGAUUACAAGCUACACCAUUUACUGGACUAUUGUUUUCAUUUGGUACGCUCUGUCCUUUCGGACACGUUCAACCUACGAUAAGAACGGUCAUUUUCCGCCUAGUCAUGUUUUCCGAGCUUAUACUUACACGCUAUCGGCACGUGGUGCUAUUGACUAUUUUUUGUGGUUCAUGAUCAAUCGACCAAGUCUGAUACGGCAAAAUUGGCUCAAGUUCACGUCCGAUUCAGCGGACAGGCAAUUCAGCGCGCAACUCAAUACUUCACUACAGGAAGAACUAAUCUACUUUACCAUUGAGGGAAUGACACGUGCCGUGCAAAUUGCCGAAGAUGAUCUUAGUCGUAUUCACGAUCUGUCUCAAACACAUGAAGUUGUAUUGGGUACGAGUGACGAGGAGAACGACAGGGAGUCGACGCAGGAUCUCGCUGAAGCUGCAACAACCGCUACAGGUCCUUCCGGAUCAGCAAGCAGCAAGAAUUUGCUUCGAAGUGGGCAGAGAAACCGGAUGCUUAACAGCAUACAGAAGGUCAUUAACGCUGGGCUUCGUCGUAACAGCAGUGUUAAUGCGGAAAUGCGAGCUGGAAAGAAGAAGAACAGCAAGGAACGCGACUUCAGUUUUAACAUUCCUGCAGAUCAACGCUCGAUCCAUCAACCACCUAACGCUGACCGUCGUGGUAAGAAUCCUUCGUCUGCUCCAAUGGCUGCGACAUCAGUAGAUCCACGAUCGUCGUUUCCUGUUGCAGGUACGACGACAGCGUCUAUUCGAUUUACGCCGUAUAAGCCGCAGGCUUUCGCUGAACUUCGCCAGGCUUACGGGAUUAAGGCAGUCGAUUUCAUGACGUCUUUUCGGACCAGUACAAAGCCCAAUAUCAGUGAAGGUGCGAGUGGUGCGUUCAUGUUUUUCAGUGGUGACAAAAAAUACAUCGUGAAAUCUAUGGCUGAAGAGGAAGCACGCUUCCUGUGCAAAAUCGCAGAAAAGUACGCUGAAUAUCUGACUCUGAACCCAUCCUCGCUCAUCACGAAGUUUUACGGCUGUUUCAAGAUUACCAUGUACGACAAACGUUUCUACUUCAUCGUUAUGGAAAAUCUGUUUGAUGUGAUGGAGGAAGGCGUGCAGAUCCAUCACCGUUUUGACAUCAAGGGCUCCUGGGUGAAUCGAAGUUACAAGCGACCGCGACGAGGAGCCAAGGUCAAGUGCCGGCAUUGUUCGAUGAUGUUCAAGUAUGAUGCUAAGAAGGCAUUGCUACAGUGCCCCAAUGUCGUCGGACUUCAUGAGCCAAAUGUGGUGUUGAAAGACAACGACUUGCGUACAAGGAUGCGGAUUGGUACGGAAGAAGGAGUCGAGCUGUUUGAGCAGUUGCGCGAUGACUCAUUAUUCCUCUGUGACCUCGGAAUUAUGGAUUACAGUCUUCUCCUUGGUGUUAUGGACAUUGAAUUUGCUGUGGAUCAACCUACCAGACCACCGACAAGUUCCAUCUUGGGUAGCCACACGGUUGCAGACACGGCCACUAACUCGUCUACCAACAGUCUCACUAAUGACAGCUACAUAUCUGCAACAUCGUCCAACUGGUCGUCGUCUUUGGGAAGUCCUGCAAGUGAAUCAUCGGUAAACAGACAGAAUGAUCAGCACGACGAUGAAUCGAUCGUGAACAUCCCGCGCAAGUUGGUCAUGAGUGUGACACCAAGUGUGCAUUCGCUAUUUCAGCAGCAUGGCAACCCAUUAAACGAGUCACGAUACCCGUAUAUAGGUGGAGAGCCUCGACCAAAGCGUUCAAUGCGAAAAAGCCAACGUGUAUUUGGUCCAGGUUACUAUUACGUUGGCAUUAUUGAUAUCUUACAGACAUGGACGCUACAGAAACAGCUUGAGCGGUUCUUAAAGGUAAACAUCCAGCAAAAGGAUGGUGAAGGACUAUCAGCAAUUGAUCCAAUACAAUAUCAGCAACGAUUCGAGUCCAAGUUACGUGAAAUCAUUGCAAUCCCAAAGGAAUAUUACCAUCAGCAGCGACGCAAUCAGCCAAAGAAGGAAACUAUAGUUGAAUCGAUCCAGCGUCUUAGUCCCGUUCUCCAGGCCGCUGCUGCAUUCGAAAGUGCAGCAGCUGCGCAAAAAGCAAGACGUAAUUUAAUCCGUGUUCGACGUGACGUGAUUGGCACGAUCACGUCUAACUCUUCAUUAUCAAGUACAGGUGAUAAUGAAGAUUUGGAACAAGCUGGAAGAAACCCACAGCCAAUCUUGUUACCAUUCAAUCAACGAUUAAUGACAACGAACUCAUCCAGGAGUCAGUUUAGUCUAACAGAUUGUGCCGUCUAA